GAACUGUCUCUGUUAAAUGAGUGAUAUACUGUACAAUCAGAACUACCUUUCUUUUUUGUUGAGAGGAUACCCACGGUUUGUUAUCCUGCUGUUGGUCUUUUAUCCGAGAGAUCCUGAAUGACUGUGAAGAAACUCAGUGUUACUGGUGACCUGCAGUGAGAGCAAUAAACAUAUGCAUGAAGGUGAUUUCUAAGAAGUUCUGUGAUAUCCAGUCUGAAAGUGGCAUCCAUCAGAUGCCGCAGGGAUGGGAGCAUUGGAAAUGCGUCUGCAUUUGGGAGAGUCCCUCUGUUUGAAAAUGCAGUGUUCAUAAACCCCUUUCUGCUCGGGGGGGAGAAGGGGCAGAGCAGUGAAUACAGCGUGCUGGCCGCUAGGGAAACAGGCAUACACUGAGCCUGGGAUCUUAAAGGGGAGGACAGGAAGGUCCAAAAUGGUCACUGUUACUUUUUUCUGACUUAGAAAGUGUCACUGUCCUAGUUUUCUCUGUCUCUGGUUUGUCCGUGGAGUAAAGUGCCACUGACACAAUUGAGACGUCAAACAAUUAAUUUCUGGUGAAGCCAAGGGACAGUGUAUUCCCCGCUCUAACUACAUCCGCCCUCUUACCUGCUUAACUGCAGUAGGUGGCUGUGUUAGAGAAGAUAAAGGUAACUAACCAACUCUGCAGUUCCAGAGCCACCUCAUCCUUUCUGACACCACGUUUAUAAAUGACAAGGACGUCCGAGCCGACUAAUAAAAGGGUCUUACUCUGGGAAUUGUGCAUGAUGAAUUGCAGCCUGAAUUAUACGGACCAGUGCUCUUUCAGUCUAAGCAGGCAGCAAGAAACCAAUUAGGGAGAAUUACUGCUUGUCAAGUGACUUCAUUGAAUGGUUUCUUCCCCGUUCUGUAACGGGGAGGGGAUUGCUUAAGGCUGCUAGAAAGCACACAAAGGAAAGCUUUUUCAUCACGCAUGGGGGCUGCUUUCUGAACCGCUCAGCUCACUUGGAAGUUCUGUUUCCAGCAGUCAACCCUUCCAUCCUUCCCAUUUUAGACCUGUGAUGGCUGGUCUCAGAGCGAAGGUCAGCGGAGGUCCAGAGCUGUUCCGCUGAACAGGAAAUGCCUCAUUCUUUAUUGAGGAAUCUCUUCCAUGCUGUCAGAAUAGCAACUGCAGAACUGAGUGCCUUUGCAGUUGCUUAUGCUCUGAGGAAGUAAUUCUCUUCUUUCCAUCCCGUACGGGCACCCAUUCCAGACCAGAAGAAGUCUUGGUAACUGUUAGCACCAAGGGUUGAAGAAUUUGUUGCCAGUUUGAUGUUUAAAAUAAAGUUAGAGCCUUUAAAAAUGAGUGCUUGGACAUUGAAUAUGUUUCUAAAGUUUCGGAAUAAAGACUCGACCGGAGGCAACGUUGCAGUCAUGGGAAAGGAUUAUUACAAGACCUUGGGGCUCCAGUCUGGAGCAAAUGAAGAUGAGAUCAAGAAAGCUUAUCGGAAAAUGGCCCUGAAGUAUCACCCUGAUAAAAACAAAGACCCCAGUGCAGAGGAGAAGUUCAAGGAGAUUGCAGAGGCAUAUGAUGUCCUGAGUGAUCCCAAGAAAAGGGCUGUCUAUGAUCAAUAUGGGGAAGAAGGGCUCAAAACUGGAGGCGGUUCCUCUGGCGGCUCCGGCAACACUUUCCACUACACCUUCCACGGAGACCCACACGCCACCUUUGCUUCUUUCUUCGGCGGCUCCAAUCCCUUCGACAUCUUCUUUGCCAGCAGUCGCUCCCGGGCAUUCAAUGGGUUCGAUCAGGAAGACAUGGAUAUCGAUGACGACGAUGACCCUUUCAGCGCCUUUGGACGGUUCGGCUUCAACGGCAUCAACGGAGUCCAUCGACGGCACCCGGAGCCUCUCCACACACGAAGAAAGGUCCAGGACCCACCCAUCAUCCACGAGCUCAGGGUCUCCCUGGAAGAAAUCUACCAUGGCUCUACCAAAAGGAUGAAAAUCACCCGCCGGCGGCUGAACCCUGACGGGAGAACCACAAGGACCGAGGAUAAGAUAUUGAACAUUGUCAUUAAAAGGGGGUGGAAAGAAGGAACCAAAAUCACCUUUCCCAAAGAAGGAGAUGCCACGCCAGACAACAUCCCUGCCGAUAUCGUCUUCGUUCUCAAGGACAAGCCUCACACGCAUUUCAAGCGAGAUGGCACAAACGUGGUCUACAUGGCUAUGAUCAGUCUUAAAGAGGCCUUGUGUGGCUGUACAGUGAACAUUCCCACUCUCGACGGGAGGGUGAUCCCUCUGCCCUGCAAUGACAUCAUCAAGCCUGGCACCGUGAAAAGACUGCGAGGGGAAGGGCUGCCCUUCCCAAAGGUCCCCACCCAACGGGGAGACUUGAUUGUAGAGUUCAAAGUCCGCUUCCCAGACAAAAUAGCUCCGCAGACGAGACAGAUCCUCAAACAGCACCUGCCGUGCUCCUAGAGCCCUGGGGACGUUCUGCAAGCAGCAAUACCUUCUAACACACGUGCCGCAGCAUCUGAGCCGCACAAAGCGGAGGUGCCCAUUCACACUCCAAUGCAAAAAACCCACGCUCCUUUCCACGCGCUCCUGUUAGCCCCAGCCCUUUUGACUGCCUUUUGUCAGCCUCUGUUAUACUCUAGCAGCAUGGGAUUCAGGAGCUGAAACUCCUGGCUAACUCGUGCUGGCUCUCUGGGCUGGGCGCCUUUUCCUGGAGGUUUAGCUUUUCUGCCUGGCCCAAGCAAAUGGGCGUGGGCUGCGGGCCCAGGGAAUUUUAUCCGGUGGUGGUUUUCACAUUGCACGCUUUGAAGUCAUCUUCCUGGCUAGAGGAUGAAUUUGUGUCUCCCAGAGAGCGUAGAGGUUCCACACAGUGUACAUAGGACUUGGAAGGGUUAGCUUUAGCUUCACCUUUCUGAAGCUUGCUGCUAUUGGGUUCCAUUAGUACCAAGAAUCCAAACAAAUUCUGUGAGCGUGCGCACCAAAGGCACGGCUCGUAUACACCAUGGCCACCCUAGUGGAACCAUUUCUAACACGGAACCACAGUACCUAUAGUUUACUGGGGUCCGUUCUGCGGUGCCAGGAUUACAGCUGAUUAUCUUCCGUGCUGAAUGCAAACACUGAGCUGCAAGGCACCUGGUCUCAGACCCUUCACCCCUCCUGCACCCUUCUUAAAACUUCAGCGUCCCGGCUUUAUCGGUUCAGAGCGUGUAAGACAGGUGGGAGUGGAGUCGGGCCAGUGUCCUAUCAGGGUGUUUCUGUACAUGCUGGCAUGCCAAAAACGUACGUCAGGAGAAGGGAGGGGCAGGGGGCCCAGGACGCGAGCUGUCUUGUUCAGGUGUGUUGAGUUUAAAUUGCUGCUUUUAUUUAUAACCCCAUAAGGGUUUUUUCUGGAGUGGUUCAUCCCAACUCUUCUGGGGAUCAAUUCAGCCAUAUGAACAUCAUAUCUGUGAGAACGUAAUCCGUGUGUAGCCGAAGUCUAGUGUACAAGCAGAGCCAAGUGUGAGUGGAGCUGAGGUUUGUUAUGCUGGCGUUUGAGUUGCACUGUAGGGAUUUAGCAGCAAGAAGAAUGCGCAUGUAGAUAUUUUUCUUCAGGGCAGAUGGAAUUCAGGAUGUGUUUCGGGGAGCAGCAGGAGGGCAUCUGCUUGGGUGGCUUUCUUUUUAAAUGCUGUAUUUUUUUAAACUUGGAUUUCCAUUGGGAGAAUUUUUAUAUUUCUUACCUACGUCAGCCUAUCUUGCCAAUGUCUCUGGGGCCAGGUUCUUCAUACAACCUACCUUUUGGGACGGUUCAGAAGCUGAUCCAAAGAGGCACAGCAUUUCUAGUCACACAGACACCAUGAAAGCAGAUGGCCAUUGCCCUAGGAGUCCUCUGGACGUGAAAUGAGAGGUUUUCUCUGGGCUCAUUCCCUGUGUCUAGGCCUUCUCAGAGCACCUUUGGAAUCCUGCGCUGGUAAGUCUGAGCUGACUUUAAGCUAACUUGGUUUUAACUGAGGUAUUCUGGAGUGUCCGUUGAUACUCUGCUGUGGGAUGUACACCCCAGUCCGCUAUGUACAGAUGUACAGUAUGUAAUGCGUAGGGGGAAUGGAAUCCAGGGCAAAGACAUCGUUCUGGAGAGGGGGAAACUGUCACGCAGCGCUUCAUUUAUAAACCCGUUGGAAUGGUUACAAUGAUGCCCUGUCCCUCCCAUGUUACGUGUUCGGUUAGAAAAACAUAAACGCUGUUCAGAUAACGCUGAUGUGGGGAGAGGAACCCAGGGCGGCAGUCCAGGCUGGGAGCUGCUUUGUUUUUCUCAGUUUCAAUGAGAUCCUGAAUGUUUUAUAGUGGGUUUGGUUUGUUUGUUUAUUUGGGUUUUUUUUUUUGUAUUUUUCUUUUUUUUGUAAUGUCAGUAUUGAGAAAAAUAAAGUAUUUUAAAAAUAAA